GCAUUAAAAGAGAGAUGUGUGAAAGAGAUUAGUCCAGAGUGAGAGACAACUGAGAUCAGCACAGAGCUGCAGGGUUAUAUACACAUCGAGGACUCACCCGACCAAGCGAGAUGAGUAACAACACCCUUGCUGUUAAUGGCACAGCAGCCCCUUCUAUUUUUUGUUACGCUAAGGAUGCCCAGAUGAGUGAAAAGGGGCCUGAUGCUAACAAUGUGAGCCUCAGAGCACAGAACAAGGACAGACAAGGACCACAGCGUCCCCUGUCAACAUGCUCCACCUUCGACGUGAUCCCUCCCUCUCAUCAGCGCCGGUGGUCGGCCGACUUCUGCACAUGUGGGAUCCCCAAUGGUGUUGUUUUAAAGAAGAAGAAGAAGCGACCAAAGCCUCCUGAGCGUUGCCUCUCCCUUCUCCGACCCCACACAGCAUCCCAUACUCCCGAGAAACGCUACUCCUGCCCUCCUAUUGGGACCUUUACCUCACCUGGUCGCUCUUCCUCCUCCUCCUCCUCCUGCUCCUCAUCCACCACCUCAUCCUGCUCCUCGCCUCCUCCUACCCAGACAUCUGUCAUCACCGGUCACGACCCUCGAGGUUGGAAGUUGCAACCCAAGUCCAGCCCCAGCUCCUCUCGUCUUCGCACCAACAGGCUGUCUCUGCAGCUUCCCCUCCCCGUCGUCUCGCCUCCUAACACUCCCAAACCAGAGCCGUCAACCAAACCUGCCCUCAAACCCAAACCUUUCCGUCGCCAUCACUCCGACUCCUCUGCCUUUGUCACAUCUCUGGGAAACCCGAGGCCUACGGUGACGUUGGAGGAGCUCUGUGCUGUGCAUCUCCGCCACAUCACCCUUUCUGACGACGACAUCUUCAGAGACGGGGCUCAAGAGAAAGACAAGGCGACAGCUCGGCCACGCAAAACACCACCGCCGGUUCCGGAAAAAACAGCCAUGGCCAGACAAAUAGCACAGCUGAUUUCUCAUUCAAGUCAGGGCUGUAGGCCUGUUGCGGCUAAAAGAAAUGAAAAGAUUUACAGCAGCGUGAUGAAGCCGAACCCUGGACAUUCACAUCAGACUGUGGACAAAAGCAGCAUGCGUGCCACAAAAACUGCUGGGCUACAUCUUCGUAUCAGCUGCAACGGGGAGAAGUCCACCCCACACUUCCCCGGCUGAGAAAUCCGAGAGGAGAGAACCCAAGCCUCCUCUAAUCACCGACACCAAUUACCAGCAGACUGUGUGAAGUGGAUAGAAUAUGUAUGUCCCUGAGGAUUGGACACCGUGUUCUGUCUGCUAGAUUUAAGGUAUUUUCAGUGGAUUAAGACUAAAAUACACUUUUCCAGCUUCAACAUCAAAGCAAAUGAGUGUUAUUACUUGAGUAUUUUGCAUCAUUUUUAUCUAUUAACAAGACUGUUGGAUCUAUGCUUCUUCCUGUCUGUUGUGAAAAAUACGACUUUGUUCUUCACGUCUGUUACAAGCCGGGGCAGCUUUAAGGGAACAUCGGUUACUUUUUGCAGAAGGAAACAAACCCUGCAGAUGUUGCAAUUCCUGCUGGUGAUGAACACAUAUCAUAAAAUAAAAAGUGGAAGGAUAUUUGUCUAUGCAAA